AAUCACAGCAAUGGAAGAUUACACAAAAAUAGAGAAGAUUGGGGAAGGUACCUAUGGUGUUGUGUAUAAAGGUCGGCACAAAACCACAGGCCAAGUGGUUGCAAUGAAGAAAAUACGUCUAGAAAGUGAGGAGGAAGGUGUUCCAAGUACUGCUGUCAGAGAAAUUUCUUUAUUAAGAGAGCUGCGUCAUCCCAAUAUAGUCUGUCUUCAGGAUGUUCUUAUGCAGGAUGCCAGACUGUACCUUGUCUUUGAAUUCCUUUCCAUGGAUCUCAAGAAAUACUUGGAUACUAUUCCACACGGCCACUAUUUGGAAUGUUCACGUGUUAAGAGUUACUUGUAUCAAAUCUUGCAAGGUAUCGUCUUCUGCCAUUCAAGAAGAGUUCUCCACAGAGACCUAAAACCUCAGAAUCUCUUAAUAGACGACAAGGGAGUGAUUAAACUGGCAGACUUUGGAUUAGCUCGAGCGUUUGGAAUUCCAGUGCGGAUAUACACUCAUGAAGUGGUGACGCUGUGGUACAGGGCUCCAGAGGUGUUGCUGGGAUCUGCUCGUUACUCUACGCCUGUAGAUAUGUGGAGCAUAGGUACCAUAUUUGCUGAGCUGGCAACUAAAAAGCCACUUUUCCACGGGGAUUCGGAGAUUGACCAGCUCUUCAGAAUCUUUAGAGCUUUAGGUACUCCCAACAAUGAGGUAUGGCCUGAAGUAGAAUCCCUGCAAGACUAUAAAAACACAUUCCCAAAAUGGAAACCUGGCAGUCUGGGAACACAUGUCAAAAACUUGGAUGAAGAUGGACUUGAUCUGCUGUCUAAAAUGUUAGUUUAUGAUCCUGCAAAAAGAAUUUCUGGCAAAAUGGCCUUGAACCAUCCAUAUUUUGAUGACUUGGACAAAUCCACUCUUCCUGCAUAUCAGAUUAAGAAACAAUAG